AUGGGCGCCCCGGCGCUUAAAACUAGUCUUCCAGAUGUUGGACAUCUAGCGACAUGGACCGUCUCAUCUCAUAAACCGGGUUUCGAUGUAAAUUGUCUACGCGAUGACGAUCCAGAUACCUUUUGGCAGAGUGACGGACCUCAGCCUCACUAUAUUACUCUCCAAUUCGCGAAAAAAGUCCCAGUUCAAAAACUGGCCAUUAUGCUUAAUUUCGCAGCAGAUGACUCGUAUACCCCCAUAAAGCUUCUUAUCAAAGCGGGAACUGGGCUUUAUGAUCUUCAAGAUGUCAAGACAGUCACAAUGGAUAAGCCAACGGGGUGGGUCACAUUCGACGUUGGGACGGAAAGACCCAAGGAUGGGCAUGGAUUUCUUGACUCAUGUCUUCGUAGUAAGCCACUGAGUAUAUACGCUCUCCAAGUUGUCAUAGCCGCGAACCACAUGAACGGGAAAGAUACGCAUGUGCGUGGACUCAGAGUUCUUGGCGCCAAAGAAGCAACUAUGCGAGAUGACGACCUCUUGCCAUUCACCUCACUAGCAUUCAAGAUGUAUGAGAUGAUACGAUGA